UGGAGUUGCCUUCGUGUUUUGUUUUAAGUCGGAAAAAAAUCCGGAUCGCGAUCUGAUUUUGUGGCGAUGUCAAUUUUAACGGGCGCGCGGAGGACACCUAGGAGGGGUCCUCUGGAAUAACAACGGAAGCGCUCUUCUGCUCCCAAAAACAGAAAACAGAAGAGGCCGCUCGGUAUGGGGCGCUCGUCCAAAGACAAGCGGGACAUUUACUACCGUCUGGCCAAAGAGGAAGGUUGGAGAGCGAGGAGCGCCUUCAAGCUGCUGCAGCUCAACGAGGAGUUCAACCUCUUCACCGGUGUGAACAGAGCUGUGGAUCUUUGUGCAGCUCCUGGCAGCUGGAGUCAAGUUCUGAGUCGGAAACUCAGAUGUGGAGACAGGUCUGCGAGCGGAGAAGAGAUUAAGAUUGUAGCGGUGGACUUGCAGGCUAUGGCUCCUCUUCCGGGGGUCAUUCAGAUUCAAGGAGACAUCACCAAGGUGUCGACGGCCGAGGAGAUCGUCCGCCACUUCGAGGGUCGCCCUGCAGACUUGGUGGUGUGCGACGGCGCUCCCGACGUAACGGGCCUCCAUGACGUGGACGAAUACAUUCAGGCUCAGCUGCUAUUGGCUGCGCUGAACAUCACCACUCAUGUACUCAAACCAGGAGGAACUUUUGUGGCCAAGAUCUUCCGUGGCAAAGAUGUGACGCUGCUGUACUCGCAGUUGAAAAUCUUUUUCAGCGACGUGACAUGCGCCAAGCCUCGAAGCAGCCGGAACUCCAGCAUAGAAGCGUUUGUGGUGUGUCAGAACUACCGCCCUCCACAAGGUUACGUCCCCAACAUGUCCAACCCUCUGCUCGAUCACUCCUACGACGUAGACUUUAACCAGUUAGAAGGUCCAAACCGCAUCAUCGUUCCUUUCCUGGCAUGCGGAGACCUGAGCGCCUUUGAUUCCGACAGAACCUACCCUCUGCAGCUGGACACUGGCAAGGAGUACCAGUACACGCCCCCCACUCAGCUGCCCAUCAGCCCGCCUUACCAGCACGCCUGCCAGCUCCGCAAAAAUAAUCUGCUCUCCAAGGCGGAUUCUCCUUCCGCAUCGGGACUGCUACAGAGCGGAGACCAAGCCCAGGCUGACUGAGCUUGCCCACUUUUAUCACAUCAGAAGAGAUUACGUUUUAAAAUCUUUUUAUUCCA